UUGAAGGACGGUCAGCAUUUCCAAGCAUUUUACAUUGAUUGUCAGUUUUCAGCUGCUACCCUUCACGAAGACUACAACAACCAAGUGUCGAAGGACUUCGAUGUUACCGCUGAACUUCUUGAUUUCCGCGAUCAGAAACUCACAGUCGAGACGGUGAACAGCUUUGUCUCGGAUGCCACCCGUGGAAUGAUCAAAGAUCUGCUGCCGGACGACUUCUCAGCACCAGACAUGAUGGCCUUCCUGGUCAACGCCGUUCAUUUCAAGGGGCAGUGGGCAACUCGUUUCUCAGAGGAUGCCACUCAGAAAGACGUCUUCCAUGGCACCAAAGGCGAUCGAGAGGUUUGCACGUUUACUCUGAAUCCAGCAAAAUACAAAGUUGUAGCAAGUUUUAUAAAGGAAAAGGCCAGGUCACGUCAGCGCGUUACAUUCUGUGCUCAGGGAUGA